UUCGUAGGCUCGUAGCCGUUAGGGCGACCGUUAUGCUUUGGGGAGCGGACGCAGCCCGAAAGUUUUACCAUCCAACUCUCAUCGCUCGCCUCCCUCCCUCCCUCUGCCGCUGAGAAAUGCAAGCAAACGCCUUCGCCCUGCCGCUACCCUUCAAUUACCUUCGGCCUCCGUCGCCGAAUCCAACGCUCCGACGUGUCCAACUUCCCCCAUAUCAACCCGUUCUCGGAGCCAAGUCUCCUCCACUUCUCCGAGCUGUGAAGAAGAGCAAGGACGAAUUCGGUGUUGAAGAUGACGAGGACUACGGCGGGCUGCCGAAAGAAUUCUAUGACGAUGAGUGGCAAACAUGCCAGCAAGAGAAAGCUAAGGAGUGGGAAGAUUAUCGCCAGAAGGAGGAAGCAAAGGAGAAUAGAAAGAUAGAUGAAUAUCGAGAGAUAGGCAUGCGCUUAAAGGGAUACCCUGAGGAAGAAGUUCGCAAAGCAAGGAAAUUAGUUUCAAGUUUUAUAAGAUCUGCUGAAGAAGUUGAAGAGAAAAUUGAGGAGGCCGCUGAGAAAGGCGAACUUAAUGAACUUGUUCUAAUGGUCAUUUGGAAUCGUCUUGAUCUUGCUCGACGUGAUGAAGAAAAGGAUGUCAUUAGAAGCCUAGAUCUCCUAUAUAGAAGGAUAGAGACAGAAAUUUUGAAGAGGGAAUCUACACCUGCCAUGAGAUUGCUCAAUGACCUUUUGAACCUCCAUGAUGGAUUUGAUGAUGAGGGGUGGCUGAAGAAGUGUAGAAAGUGCAUGAUAGACACCUUUCCUCGAGAAGACCCUCUCAGUAUGCUUGUUCCUGCUGGGUUUGACAUUGAAAAACACCAAGGCCGAAUUGGGUUGCCACCCAUGGAUGAUGAUGAUGUUCUCCUAAGGGUUGAUUUUGUCAGAGAGGUUGAUGCGCUGCUGUGCGAUGUCCGAGCAGAACAAGGCAACAUCCAGUCUCCACAGGGACUUGAUCCUGAAUCAGUUGCAACCCGGUUGAAGCAGCAGGAGAAGCAGCAGACCAUUCAUCAAGUAGAGGCUCUUCUAGAGCUGGCAAUCUCAUUGAAUUGGUGAUAACUGUGAUCUAACCCUGGCAGCUGUUUUUAUAUGUCAUCAGAGGGCUAGUCUUUGUCAUAUGCUUUGUCUUGCAAACAUGGAGGUAGAAGAUAGAUCCAGCUCAUGCAUUUCUCCAUUAUGGAUACCAACAAUUCAAGCAGCAGUAGCAAGUGCUAAAAAUCGUGGCCAUCGCAUCCUUCAGUGUAAAUAACUAAAUACCACACUCAGCUGGUUCUUUAUUAAUAUGCUUGUUGCCAUAGGUCAAUCAUGUGAAAUACACAAAUCAUUCUGAUCACCUUUAGAUGGUAUUCUAUCAAACAGUUGGAUGGCUGGCUGCAUCCCAAUUUCUCUCCCACUUGGCAAUUUCGACAAUGAUGAGUAAUCCAUACUUGAGAAUUCAUUAA